GUGGAGCCGCUGAGCUGACAACUGUCAAAAGAGCCUUCCUGAUAAAGACGAGCCCUUCCGUCCUCAAAGCAUCUUGCCGUAGCGCGUUAGAAACCGUUAUAAGCCGCGUAAUCGACGCGUGUGCUCCGUGUCUCGCGAGCGUAGCGACGUCUCCGCCGCUAUUCCGUCACCGCGGAGCCGUUUCGGAUGAGCGGCUCGCACUUUGGCAGGUUUUGACAGACUGCAUGUCUUCCUGGAGACCCACGGAGAAGAGAUGUCAAGGCGAAGCACAAGGUUAGUGACCAAAGGGACGUCCCUGCUGGAUGAUGACGCUGCCAGCACGAGCUCCACCGGAUCCACUGGCCACAUCUCUUACAAAGAGAGCCCGACCAGGAUCUUCAAGAAGAGGAGCGGCCGCAAGAGUGCAGGCAGUGUUUCCCGCAGUUCAAGCCGCGCGAGCAGUGUGAGUCAGAUACUGACUGGGCAGCGCAGUGAAUUCACAGAGAAUGAGAACGGCAUGCCCUUUGCUACUCAGGGAUUCUCCUCUGGAUAUUCCUCGGCUGAGGAGCAUUAUGAACAAUCUAUAAAAUCAAACCCUAGUUCUGCCCAGUCUGUAGCUGAACCGCGGUUUGUUGUGUGGGAUGCGUUUCAUUCUCCAGCUCAGGCUCUGGUUAUGUUCUACUGGUGGCUGGGAAGUUCAUGGUACAGCCUGACCUCUCGACUGUCUCUGAUCAAUGUGUUUCUGCUCAGCAGAUGCACAUCGGAUAUGAGAAAGGCUGUCAUACUGGUCCUCCUUCUCAUCUUUCUCAUUUUUGGAAUAUGGUACUGGUUCCCGUUUGCUUCUCGUUCUCCUCCAUCUGAGGUUGUUUCCAAAACUCCAUCUGUUAAAAAGACAGAUAGACCCGUGAAAGAAAUAUUUGAUCAUCUCCAGCAUGCCAGCCUGUCAAACUUGAAGGAAGAGCUCACCAGCUUGCAAGAAAGGGAGGCGAGCCUGAUGAAAGACAUCGAACUGCUGAAGAAGGAGAGCAUUAGACAGAAGGUCAUAUCUGAGACUUUGCAAACUGAUCUGAAGUCUAUGAAUGACCAGAUGAAGAAUGCUGAGACUGAACAUGAGCAGCAGAUUACUAAACUGAAGUCCGGCAUCUCAAACCUUCAAUCCGCCCAAGACCUCCUCAAGGAUAGAGUUGAUGCACAAGACACUCUCAACAAUAACCUGAGAGCAGAGCUAUCCGAUUGGCUAAUAAAACUCCUGAAAGAUCCAAGCUCGUUGGAAUCGGUCUUAGUGCUCCGUCCUGAGCUGCAGAGGGCGCUGGAGGAUCUGGAGAAACGGAUACUAGACAAACUGGCCCAUGAGAAAGAGAGCAGGAGAGACGUGUGGAGGACCGUGGGAGAGACGCUGCAGCAGGAAGGAGCCGGAGCUGUCACGAUACAAGAUGUCAAAGAAGUCGUCCACAGGGCACUUAGUCUCUACAGGGCGGAUGGGAUUGGAUUGGCGGACUAUGCCUUGGAAUCUUCUGGUGCCAGUGUGCUCAACACUCGUUGUUCGGAGACGUAUAAGACCAGAUCUGCGUGUCUGAGUUUAUUCGGCAUUCCUCUGUGGUAUCAUUCAGAAAGCCCUCGGACUGUUAUACAGCCGGAGCUGUAUCCCGGGAAGUGUUGGGCAUUCCAAGGCUCCCAGGGUUUCCUGGUAAUUGCGCUGUCGUACCCAGUAAGAAUCAGCCACGUGACACUCGAACACCUUCCCAAAGAGCUCUCACCGACUGGCCGCAUUGACAGCGCACCUAAGGAUUUCGCUGUCUAUGGCAUGUCUGAUGAGAUUGAAGACGGAAAGCUGCUUGGUACAUUCACGUAUGACCAGGAUGGAGAACCCGUUCAGACUUUCAAGCUGGCGGAAGUGUCCGAGAUCUAUAGCAUGACAGAGCUGAGGAUCCUGAGCAACUGGGGUCACCUGGAGUACACCUGCGUGUAUCGCUUCAGAGUUCACGGAGAACCUUCACUCAUCUGAGAGGAAGAGGAUCUGAAAUGAUUCUUCAGAUUUGGUUUACUCUAUGCAAAAAAAAACAAAAAAAAAACGUAAAGCUCAAAUGCACUGGACUCUUAAGGAACGAAUCAGACAGCUUCCUAAUGUACGAAUACCAAAAAACGCACACAAACGGUCGACUGAUAUCAGAAUGAAGACCGUUUGCCUUCUCAAAAAAAACUAUUUUGUUUUACAUUCCUCAAACGUUAAUUUUUAAGUACUAAUAGGAAAUGUUUAUUAAAAGGUGUACAUUUUUAGUUUAUACAGAUAUACAGACGUUUGUGCUUUUGUUGAAGGACAGGCUUAUAUUGUGUUUUAGAGCAAACAUGGUUUGUAAAACAAAAUGAAGGACAAAAAGUGUCAUGCUUAGCUGGAAAAAGCAGCAUUUGUGUUGUUUUGCUCUGCCUUUUACGUGCUGUGUUUUGCAACGAUAGAUGGUUCUGAAAUGUGUUUAUUCACGUCAUCAUAGAAUCAUAUACCUCUUAAGAAGCUUAUAAUAGUUGAUGGUUUAUGUAUAUCUUUAUGUAACAAUGCUGUUUUCUUUGAUUGCACUCUGAGAUGUUAUCAUUUUUUUCCCGCCCCCCGGCUGAAGAGUAUAGAUAGGUACUAGAAGUGUCAGAUGGCGUACGUCUCCUCUGCGGGACGGGGGAGGACCGGAGUCAAACUCAGGUUUUGGGUUUUCAAACCAAAGUGCUCUUGAACGUCCCAGAUUAUAUACUUCUGUUGUCCUCUUAUUUGUACAUAUGUGCUUAAUGAUGCAGUUUUUCAGAUGCACUUAAUUUCACUUAAAAGGUAUAAAUAUUUACAUUGCCCUGAUUUAUUUUGGCUCGUUUUACAUUAAGCUUAAUAGAGCUUUGGUGUUAAUUUGGCAAGUUUACAUGAAAUUGCUGUCAUUGUCGAUUGUUUUUGCAAGGAAUAGGAUUUUUAUUAAAUAAAUUUCAUGGUACAUGA